CCACCUUUUUUCCCCCCCCCCUUUUUCCCCCCCAGUUUUGGCAGCCAUGGCGGAGGCGCCGGCGGAGACGGUGCUGUACGUGGAGCACCGCUACGUCUGCUCGGAGUGCAGCCACCUCGCCGCCUCGCUGGAGGACGCGCUGCUCCACCAGCAGCGCCACCACGGCUCCCACCGCUACCAACUCGUCGGCUUCUCCUCCGGCGACUACCAAACCGUGUCGGUGCCGGAAAACAACCAGUACCAGUGCCUGGAGUGCGGGCAGCUCCUGGUGUCGCCGGGGCAGCUCUUGGAGCACCAAGAGAUGCACAUUAAGCUCUUAAACCAAGAUCCGGAACCUUCUCCUGCUGGAAAAGCUCUUCCCGGCGUCGCCGCCGCCGCCGGUCAAAUCCACUACGAGUGCGUGGAGUGCAAAGCGCUCUUUGCCAGCCAGGAGGUUUGGUUGGCUCAUCGGCAAAGCCAUCGCGCCGAGCCGACCGCCGUGGUGGCGCAAGGGCAGAACCAAGCGUUGGUGGAUCUGGAACAUUCCUAUCGGAAGCCGGAGGAGGAAGAGGAAGAGGAGGAAGGCGCAGGCGGGACGGUGCAGCUGCUGCUCUACGAGUGCGGCGAGUGCCUGCAGCUCUUCCAAACGCCCAAGGACUUCUUGGAACACCAAGCGGCUCAUUUAACCCCGCCGGCACUGAACGGCACCGCCGCUAACGAAGCGCCGGCCGACCACAGCUACAAAGUGAAAGAAGACGAGGAAUCGGCUUCGGUGUUGCCGCCGCCGCCGCCGCCGCCGCGGCAGCCGCCUCCGUCCGAGCUGCGGUGUUCGGAGUGCGAGCAGCUCUUCGCUUCGUCGCACCAACUGCAGCUCCACCUGCGGAGCCACCGCCUCGGCGCCUUCCAGUGCCCGCUCUGCAGCAAGGUCCUGCCGUCGCCGGCGGCGCUGGAGCAGCACCUGGGCGGCCACAGCGGCGAAUCCCACUUCCUCUGCCUCGACUGCGGUUUGGCCUUCGACACUGAAGCCGUUCUCCUCACCCACCGCCGCACCCACUCCCCCAACCCUCUCCACCGCUGCCCUUGCGGCAAAUCCUUCAUCAACAUGACCAAAUUCCUCUACCACCGCCGCACCCACGCCGCCGCGCCCCCGGAGCCUCCCGCCGCCACGCCGGCGCCCUCGGAGCGCGCCGAGGCCUCGGUGCCGCUGGCCGUCAUCUACUCCUCGGAGAACGCCGAGGCUUCGGGGCCGAGUUUCCGCUGUUUGAUGUGCAGCAAAGUCUUCGCCAAACACCCGCAGCUGGCGCGGCACCAGCGCUUCGUGCACCGCCUGGAGCGGCGCCACAAGUGCCCCACGUGCGGCAAAAUGUUCAAGAAGAAAUCGCACGUGCGGAACCACCUCCUGACGCACACGGGCGAGCGGCCCUUCCAGUGCAAGGAGUGCGGCAAGAGCUUCAACUCGCAGGCCAACCUCCUGCGGCACCGCCUGACGCACACCGGCGAGCGGCCCUACGAGUGCGAGGUUUGCCACAAGCGCUUCACGCAGUCGUCCACGCUGCGCCAACACCUCUUCGUCCACAGCCGCCGCUACCCCUACAAGUGCCAGGAGUGCGGCGUGCGCUUCCACCGCCCGUACCGCCUCCUCAUGCACCGCUACCACCACACCGGCGAGUACCCCUACAAGUGCCAGCAGUGCGGCCGCUCCUUCCUCCUGCGCCGCCUGCUCGAGGUUCACCAGCUCAGCCACGCCGGGCAGCAACCCCAGGUCUGCGCCGGCUGCGGCGCCGCCUUCGUCACCUCCUUGCAGCUCCGCGAGCACAAGUGCGGCAAAAUCAGCCGGCAUUUCGAGUGCCCCACCUGCGGCAAGAAGGUGGGCUCGGCCGCGCGGCUGCGGGCGCACGAGAAGCUCCACGGCGUCGCCGGCGAAGCCUCGGCGCUGACGGUAUCGGCGCGGCCCACGCCGGCGCGGCGCGUUCCGUGCUCCAAAACCUUCGAGUGCGGCGACUGCAAGAAGCUGUUCAGCACCGAGACGUCGCUGCAGGUGCACCGGCGCAUCCACACCGGCGAGCGGCCGUACCCCUGCCCCGAUUGCGGGAAGGCUUUCCGGCAAUCCACCCACCUCAAGGAUCACCGGCGCCUCCACACCGGAGAGAAGCCCUUCAAGUGCGACGAGUGUGGCAAAGCCUUCGCCAUCGCCGUCCGGCUGGCCGAGCACCGCCGCAUCCACACCGGCGAGCGGCCCUACGGCUGCGAGGCCUGCGGCAAAGCCUACCGCUCCUUCUCCAACCUCUGGAAGCACCGCAAGCUGCACCAGCAGCGCCUCCAGCACGACCGCGAGGCCCUGGCCGAGACGCAGGUGGCUGCCGGCGCCGUCCUCGGCACCGUCAUCGGCGCCGACGCCAUUAUCGGCGCCGACGCCAUCACCGGCGCCAUUAUCGGCACCGUUAGCAGCACCGGUGCUGUUCCAACCAUCGUUACCAGCACCGAGACCAGCACUGUUGGCAUCCCCGACACCGUGCUCAGCGCCGACGCCAUCGCCAACACCAUCAUCAGCGCCGUUACCGCUCCUGACGCCGUUACCAGCAUCGUUACCGGCACCGGCACCAUUAUCAGCACCAUUAAUGGCACCGAUGACGUUCCCGGCAUCGUUCCCAGCGCUGACGCCGCUACCGGCGUUGUCGGCGGCAUCGACAGUGACACUGGCGGCGUUCCGGGCGGCAUUCCGGCUGCCGACACCGUUAGCGGCACCGACAGCGUUCCUGACGAUGGCAACGUUCCCCAAAUCAUUCCCGGCACCGUUAGCGGCGGCACCGGCAUCGUUCCCGGCACCGAUGGCGUUCCCAGCAGCGAUGGAGGCGUUGAGGCGGUUCCCGUGGCAGCCGCGCCGGUGCUGGAAUCCAUCGGAAUGAACCCGGCGCCCCCUCCGGAUGGAGCCCACGGGGGGGGCGGGGUUUGAAUUGGGGAUUGGGGA